UGAGAGCAGGGGCAAGGACGACCCACGGAUACGGCGGAAUAAGGAAAGCACGGUACGAGCGCGUCAGAGCAAAGAGCUCAGCUCCAAACACCCAUCAGCCUGCCUCGGGCUGCAACGACACGCGGGGACAAACGCCGAGGAGUCGGGCAGAGGCGUGAUCGAUUGAAGAUCUGAAGAAUGAGUGGUCAGGACCCACCCACACUCCUGCAUCUGGCAGUGCAGAGCCUGCUGAGGGACGAAGCCCUGGCCAUCUCUGCUCUGCAGUGCCUGCCCAGGGUGCUGUUCCCACCGCUGUUCAAGGAAGCCUUCAACCACGGACAAAGUAACACUCUGAGGGCUAUGGUAGCAGUUUGGCCGUUCAGCUUCCUUCCCGUGGGGACCCUCAUGAAGACUUCCCACCUGGAGACCUUGCAGGCAGUCCUGGAUGGAGUAGACAUGCUGCGAACACAGAAGGUGCUCCCCAGGAGGGGGAAGCUCCAGGUGCUCGACUUGAGGAAUGUGCAGCACAACUUCUGGGAUGUUUGGGCUGGCACAGAGGAUGGAGAGUGCUCGGCAGAGGCUGUGGGUAAGAAGCAAGCGGUGAAGCGCUCUCCUAGAUACGCCCUGAGGCAGCGUUUGAAGGUGGUCGCAGACCUUUGCCUCAGGUUCCAUCUGAAUGAACAGCAAACAUACUUGUUACAGUGGGCCCAGCAGAGAAGAAGUUUCAUCAGGCUGUGCUGUGUGAAGAUGCAGAUAUGGGCAUUGCCCGUGUACACUGUCAGGAAAGUCCUGAUGGUUUUCCAGCCUGACAGCAUCCAGGAGUUGGAACUGAAUACAGGUUGGAGUCUGUCCACUCUGGUGCAUUUUGUAUCUUACCUGGACCAGAUGAGAAAUCUUCAAAAACUCCUUUUAACACGGAUCCACAAGAACACCUUUAAGGUUCUAAAUACCCCCUCAGACAUACAGAAGUGUAUCACUAAGUUUGUUUCUCAGUUCUCUAAACUCAACUGUCUGCAGCAUCUCUCCAUGAAUGGGGUCUACUUUUCCAGUGAGCACAUGAAACAGUUGUUCAGAAAGACUCCUGGUCCAAAGACUGGCUCCAAAGAUUGGCUCCAAGAAGUUGCACCCAAACUGCAAACACGGGGUACAACAAAACUAGAAUCCAAGUCCUUGGGAGUCCCACAAGGCAACAAUACAGCUCUGAAGAGGCUGAGGGACUCGGCCAAUGCCAAUGAUGUAGAAACAGUGCAGCAGCUGCUGGAAGAUGGCACGGACCCCUGCGCAGCUGACGACAAAGGCCGCACAGCCCUCCAUUUUGCCUCCUGCAAUGGCAAUGACCAGAUUGUGCAACUUCUCCUGGACCAUGGGGCUGACCCCAACCAACAGGAUGGUCUGGGCAACACACCAUUGCACCUGGCGGCUUGCACCAACCAUGUGCCUGUCAUCACCACGCUGCUCCGAGGAGGGGCCCGUGUGGACGCCCUGGACAGAGCUGGCCGCACGCCCCUACACCUGGCCAAGUCAAAGCUGAACAUCCUACAGGAGGGCCAUUCCCAGUGCCUGGAGGCUGUCCGGCUGGAGGUGAAGCAGAUCAUCCACAUGCUACGGGAGUACCUGGAGCGCCUGGGGCGCCAUGAGCAGCGGGAACGGCUGGAUGACCUCUGUACCCGCCUCCAGAUGACUAGUACCAAAGAGCAGGUGGAUGAAGUGACAGACCUCUUGGCCAGCUUCACCUCCCUCAGCCUGCAGAUGCAGGGCAUGGAGAAGAGGUAGCAAGGACGGCUCCUCCUUGCUUUGCACCACCCUCCUGCCCUCCGCUCUCGGUACAGGGAAAGCCCAGGGGACUCCGGAGUUCCACUUAGCCCUUGCCCUUAGAGGCUGAGGGCAGAGCUGCUCCCAGUCGGCAUCAUCUCUAUGGGCCAGGACCACAGCCCCAGCUCCUGCUGCACAUUGCCAGCUCUGUAGCCAGCCUCCAGGCCUACAUGUGCUGUCCUAGCAGACAUCACUCCUGUGGCCUCCCUAUGUUCUCAGCAAGCCCCAGGGCCCCAUUUCUUCCCAGCCAUGGAUUUAUUAUCAUCUGGUUUAGGGUAGGUACUCUGAGGCCACCCUGGCUGCUAUGGGUAUCUAAGAUGGCCCUGCUCCCCACACCAGCACUUAAGUUUAGCCCUGCACCUGAUUUUCAAGGGCACACUGCAGUGCAUGGGUGUCUCUGAGCAGAAGAGGGGCAUUGCUGAUGCCUAGGCCUUCAUAAGACUAGGAAAGACCCUUUUUAGCCCAAAGAAAGAUCUCCAACUCCUUGCCUCCCAGUCACUGAAACACUAGGAAUGGGAUCUGUUUUGCAGCCAAGUUGUGAGAGGGAGAUGGUGGUUCAUGUGCCCAGGUCCUCAUCCCAGGAGCCUCGAGGCCUCAGAUGGUAUGACAAGAGCCUGCACAGAUAUAACUAGAGGUCUUAGAGGAUCCUGGAUCAUCUAGGUGAGCAGGGUAGCACCCCAGGGAGCCCUGUGGGAGGGAGGCAGGAGGUGAUUGCUGCCGUGUGGAUGUGAGAAGUUGAGGAAGAAGCUGGAGAAGGACGUGAACGAUUGCCCUCUGGUCCCCCAGCAGGGACUGGCUCUGCUGGCACUGGACUUGAGCUCAGUGGGACACGUGUUGGUGUCUAGCCUCAAGAACUGUGAGAAUAAAUCUGCUGUUUCAGCU